CUCAGCAAAAGCAAUUUACAAGCUCUCAGUCAUAUAUAUACAUAUCAUCUUGAACUUGCAUCAAUCCUUUGUGUAAAAAAUCAUGGGAAUUGUGACCACUGAACGUGAGCAAGUUUGUGCUGUGGCUCCUGCAAGAUUAUUCAAAGCCAUGGCCUUCGAUUUUGGCAAUGUUCUUCCAAAAGCUAUACCAAACUUAGUUAAGAGUGCUGAAAUCAUUGGAGACGGAGGACCUGGAUCCAUCAAGAAAAUCGUUCUUGCUAAUGGAUAUGUGAAUCAAAAGGUUGAUGUGGUGGACGAAGAAAAGUACGUGUACCACUACACAGUGGAUGAAGGCAGUUUAAUAUCAGAGACAUUGGAGAAGGUGUGCUAUGAGUAUAAAUUGGAAGCAAACCCUAAGGGAGGAUGCAUGAUCAAGUGCACAGUAAAAUACCACACCAAAGGUGAUGCACAACUCACAGAUGAGUUUUUGAAGGUUAACAAUGAAAUAUCUGCUGGGUUUACCAAGGCUGUUGAGGAUUAUCUUUUGGCUAAUCCUGAUUACAACUAAACAGACCAACCUUUUACUUUGUUAAGCAUGUUUUGCUUUAAUUAAUACUUGAUUUCAGUGGGAACUAUAUACAUCACAUUGUAGUACUAAUGAAUAAUAUACAGACUAUGGUUUUGUGUGACAUGAAAAUGAUAAUACUAUA